AUUGGUUACUGAUAUCAAUAUAAGAAAGACCUGAGAGAGGCGAAGAGGCAUCAGAACCACGAUGAAGACUUUGUGUGUUGCUGUCAUUGUGCUGAGUCUCACCUCAGUGUGCCAGCCUGCGUCGCUGGCCUGUGAGAAGUUGCUGAAGCCAGAAGCCAGAGAUAUAGAUUUGCUUGGGAAAUGGUACAUCGUAGCCAUAUCCUCAGAGAGCUGCUGGCUUAAUGCAUUCAAUGUUGUUUUUGAGCCAAGUGGUGAUAUGAACUUUGCCUCAAAGGACACAUCGAACAUCUACGAAAUCACCGUUAGGGUAAAAAUGCACGGAUAUUGCAUAAAUGAGACAGAAUCAAUUUUAUAUCAGAACAACACCAUGUUUGAUCUCGACGUUAAUAAUACCGUAACUGGUAAACCAGAUAAGUUGAUGCAAAGUGUGUGUCCCGACUGCAUCGUUGGACAGACCGUUGACGAAGACUUCAUGAGCGGUCUUUGGCUCUUAAGUAGGAGGCAGAAAGUCACUGCUGCUGAGCUGGCGGAGUUUGAGGCACAGGGAAAGUGUCUUGGCCUGAAAAAAUCGGUGCUCUUCGGUACAAAUCACGACUAUGAAAACUGCCCGUCAUGGGACGACAUCGACAUGGACGACGACGACGACGACGGCAAUCUUUCGGCUGUAUUAUUCAAAGUGCUUGAAAAAAUGAAAAGUAAUUUUGCAGUUCCUCUUCUGUGUCUUGUAGAGUCUAUUAAUUUCUACGAACUCCUGUAUGAGUGGGCUCAGGAAACGUGGACUUCUCUUCGGUGAAUGUGCUAGGCCACAGCCAGAAACCCACUUUCUCUUCAGGUUUUUAAUGGGUCCCUGCUAAGUGCUCGUUUACAGACAGUCUAUUAACUCUUUGGGAUAAUUCAGACUGUUUUAAACACAAAAUAACCCUGUAAUCAGAUAUAUUACAAUCAAUAAACAUUUGGACAUUUUAACACAAUUCAUAUGACCAAAAAAAUAAUUAAACUUAUUAUUGUGUUCGUGCACAUAUAUAUCUGGAACUAGGAAGCUCUACAUUACCACCACUUUAUCAAUCCAUUAUUGAAUUGAAUUGUAUAAUAUUGCAGGAAUUCUGCCUUAAACAUGUUUAUAAAAGUGAACAAAGCACUGUCCCAGCUUGCUGUGAUUUAUAUUUACUUAAAAACUCACUGUCACACUGUCAUGACUUGCUGUGUUAACAGUAUCGUGAGCUUUUCCUAGUUUAGCCUAAAUAUAAUUUAAUGUUAAACCUCUAUGACCUCAAAUGAUCUCUUCAGAUUUGUUCAACGAUUCAGUGAAAAUAAAUGAAUGAAAUGGCA